CAACCGGACGCAGACAGUUUCCGGGCCGGAAAAGCACGAAACGAGAAACGAUUUGCAUUUAUCCAAAAAUAUGAACUUUGUACAGUUUUUCUGCGGUGUCCUACCGUUCUAUUAAUAGAAACACUGUCAGACUACCGUGACUUUGAACGUUACAUGACCUGCGUCCAGGCUGCCCAUAAAUCCCCCUCUAUCCUUCACAACUAUGUCAGGAGCAGGUAAACAAACGGCGGCUACGAAAGCAGUUGUUUCUAGAUUGCGGGCAGUGAGGGCGUCGAAAAGAGCUGACAAAUCAUCUCCAGCGUCCACUCACAACUUCAUGGAAAGACUGCCGCGUGAGAUUCUGAUUAAGAUUCUGUCAUACCUGGAUGCGCCUGCACUCUUCACCAUCAGCCACGUCAAUAAUCUCUUUUAUCUGCUCGCAAGCGAUAAUGCUCUCUGGAUGAAAUUAUACCUGGCUGAGUUUAACAAGAACAACAAGCAGAAUUCCAAAGGUGUACAAGAGCUGCUGCUGGACUUGCAGGAUAAAGCUGAGGACUAUUGGAAGAGGCAGUACCUCAAAACCUUAGUGGCCCGUGACACAAGAAAGUGGAAACGAGUUCUCGCAAACGUCAGCUGUCACACUGGUCUCCCAAGCCAAACAGAGCAGGUCCUCAGAAACUUGCACGUCACCUGGGAACUGACAAUUACUGAUAAGUCAGGACACAAGAGCACUUUAGAGCUGAGCUGGUCCCAGUUCUUUCAGACUAGUCUGACUCUGUGCUGGAGUGGAGAAGGUUCGUUGCCCAAAUACGAGCGGAUUGCCACCCUUCAACUCCAUGGUGUCAAGAGGACUGCCCUCAGAUGCCCCGGCCUAAAGAAGAGGUCCCUCAUGGCAAAGUUGGACACGCAUCCUCUAACUAAAAGCACACAGGUCAUCGGCCAGGACAGACUGGUGCAGCUGCAGCUGCUCCAGCCUGGAAUCAUUAUCGGUGUCUGGAGGGACCAGUGCUCCCUUGCCUUCAUCAUGCUCACCCUCCAUUUCCACAGGCUGGUGGAGAGAAGCAUUCUGGGAUCUUUAGACUGGCCCUAUGAGGAGCCAAGUGUCAAACCUCCUUUCGACGACAUAGACCCUGAAUACGGUCUCCAUGGUUACCAGCUACACAUUGUUCUUCAUGACACUGUAUGCGAGCUCAUGUCUGGAAGCUUUUCAAAGCUUUUUUGCCCCAGAGCUGAGAUCUCUGAUGGAAUGAUCAAGCUUACAGCCAUUUGCAGGACCAACCUGUCACAGCACACUCCUCUGGCAGGCGGCGUCGCCCUGCAGUGGCGGUGUGACGUCCUGCAGGGAGCAGUAGAGAACUGCUGCUUCAUGAGUUUGACUUUGCUGGAUGAGUUCAGGAAACCAUUCAAGUGUGUCAGUUCUCCCGUCUCCUUGAGGCAGGAGGAGACGCCUGUGUCAUAUGACUACGAUGGCCAGCACUACACAAUCCACUACCAGGGCUCAGGCCUCCAAGUGAAGAUGCAGCUUGUAUGGCUGAAGGAACAGAAUCAAUUUACUCUAAUCAGUUUAGUUCUGUAUAUAAGCAUUUGUGAGGUCAACAAACAUUUUGGAAAAAAGUACUAACUGUUUGCUUUCAAGGAUGCUCCAAUAGGGUGUCCAUCUUGUGGGUCAUUCACAGGAAUUUGACAGUUCUAUCUGAAACUGUUUAACAAGUUCAUUUUGUUUUGCUUUUUUUCUUCCUUCUACACUUUUUUUCCCUCCUCCGACUUUUUAAACUGUUAAGUGUUGCCCAUGCCUCAUAUUUAAUGUUUACAGAUCUGCUAAACAAUUAAUUAUUUAUUGUUUUCUACAGAGCGAUGAUCAACACAUUUUGUUCGCACACAUAAUAUAGCGGAGGGGGCUUAAAUGUUCUAUUUGUUCAGUUGUAUCUUUUU